GAGAGCUAAAUUAUGGCCAAUCUAUGGCUCUCUUUGUUGGUGCUCACAUUACUUCAAUUGUCCCAACUUUCCAUUUCAAUAAAGGGGCAAGUAUCAACACCACCAUUACCAAUACUGCCCAUUCCUACGUAUUCCCAGCUGCAAUGGCAACAAAGGGAGCUCAUAAUGUUUAUUCAUUUCGGAGUCAAUACAUUCACGGACAACGAAUGGGGCUCCGGCCACGAAAAUCCCGCUAUUUUCAAUCCAAUUGGUCUCGACGCCAAACAGUGGAUUGAUGCAGCUGCUCAGGCAGGAAUUGAUUUCAUAAUCUUAACUGCAAAACACCACGAUGGCUUUUGCUUGUGGCCUUCCAAGUACACAGAUCAUUCAGUUAUUAAUAGUCAUUGGAAAAAUGGUCAUGGAGAUGUUGUUCAAGAAUUUGUGAAUGCAGCUAAGGCGCAUGGUGGAAUUGAUAUCGGAUUUUAUCUUUCCCCGUGGGAUCGGCAUGAUCCCAGAUACGGUCAUGACUUGGAGUACAAUGAAUACUACGUCUCUCAACUUCAAGAACUACUUAACAAUUAUGGGAGUGUCAAAGAAGUAUGGAUUGAUGGAGCAAAGGGUGCUAAUGAACCAUACAUCACAUACUACUUCAGUGAUUGGUUCUCCAAGAUGAAAGAGUUCCAGAGUUCCAUGAAUAUAAUGUCCGAUGCCGGUCCGGAUUUAAGGUGGCCGGGGAACGAGAAGGGUGUUGCCGGAAGUACCUGCUGGUCUCCGAUCAAUCGGACUUCACUGUCAAUUGGAAAUGCAAGCGUUAUUGGUUAUCAAAACAUCGGGGAUCCGAAAGGGACAGAUUGGAUACCACCAGAAUGCCCUGUUUCGAUCCGACCCGGAUGGUUUUGGCAUAAAUCAGAGUCACCAAAGACAUUAAGCGAGUUACUUGGGAUAUAUUACACUACAGUGGGAAGGAAUUGUGUGAUGUUACUCAACGUGCCCCCAAAUUCCACUGGCCUAUUCCCUGAAACAGAUGUCCAGAGACUUAAAGAAUUUGGAAGUGCUAUUGACACAAUAUUUUCAACCAAUUUGGCUGAGACUUGUAGCGUCAAAGCCAGUGGCCAAAGAGGAGGCAAAGGUGACGGGUUUGCACCUGAAAAUGUGCUAGAUAAUGACCAUUUAUGGACAUAUUGGGCUCCCAGUGAAGAUAAUGAGAGUGAUGAGCAGUGGAUAGAGAUCAGCGGGACAAAUGGAGGGCUGAGAUUUAACGUGGUCAGAAUUCAAGAAGCUAUUGGACUUGGUCAGAGGAUCAUGGAGCAUGAAAUUUAUUUGGACGGUAAAAGAAUUGCCAAUGGAACCACAGUGGGGUACAAGAAGCUUCACAGGCUCGAAAAUGGUGUUGUUCAGGGUCAAACUGUGAGGAUCCUGAUUAUGAAAUCGAAGGGGAUGCCAUUUAUCUCUUCUAUUGGUCUUCAUUUCGACCCCUUUUGGAACCCAAAAGACCAGUGAAUAUCUUUUACUGAAUAAUCCUUACUUAUUCACUUGCAGUGAAAUCCUCAUUGUAAGUAAAUGUCAAAACUGACUUUUUGUUGAAUUGAAAUUGCAAAUUUGAA